ACUAGGUCUAUUUCGAACUGAUUUGCGCAUGUGUAGCAAGAGGCGGAACUUAACAAAAAGAGGUCUUAUUUGAUUAUUUAAAAAAAAAUUUCUUCGUCCUUGUAUCACUAAGUUAGAAAUUGGAAAAAGAUUGGAUACAAUAUUAUAAAAUAGAGAUCCUUCAGCGCGUUACAGUGGAUACAGCUUCUUUGGUGAGCGAUAUUAGAUAAAAUCACGUGCUCUUUAAAACGAGACGAUAUGCCUAGAUAAAUAUGUAUUUGUUAUAAAAAAAACUUCAUAAAAUUGGAGAGGCCUAACAUUGUAGUGACAAAAUGUACAUUUAAACUUUGCACUAUGAUAUCUUGUGCUACUUUUCUUUUUCCAUCAAUAUUUUUCCAUUGUUUCAUUCAAAAAAAGUCACUAUGAAGGUCAUAGAAACAUUUUUCACGUGAUCUUAUCGUGAUCACUUUUUCCCCAUUCGUAUUUAAGAUUUGAUCAGGAAUUUCACAAUAUGCAUUCAUCUCUUUUACUUAUGACGUCAGUCCCAGGACACGUGUUAUACGACUGAAUAUACUUGGGAAUUUUUUGCCAAAGAGAUACGAAUACUAAUCGUACUUCAAAUUCUUUUAGGAAAACAUAUUAGAAGCCCAAAAUAUACCAUCUUAGAAUAAUAAACUAUGGCUAAUGACUGGAGACCCUAUGUCUACGGAGGAUUGGCCUCAAUGACUGCAGAAUUCGGAACGUUUCCAAUUGAUACUACAAAAACAAGAUUGCAAAUUCAAGGUCAAAAGAUCGACAAAAAUUUCUGCACUAUAAAAUACAGGGGAAUGUCUCAUGCUCUUGUGCUUAUUGGUAAGGAGGAAGGAGUCUCUGCACUUUAUUCUGGACUUAAACCAGCUUUAUUAAGACAAGCAACAUAUGGAACUAUUAAAAUUGGAAUAUAUCAUUCACUAAAGAGAUUACUUGUUCAGGAUCCCAUGAAAGAAAAAUUAAUAAACAAUGUAUUUUGUGGAGUGGUUGCCGGUGUUGUCUCAAGUUGUAUAGCUAAUCCAACAGAUGUUCUUAAAGUAAGGAUGCAGGCACAGAGCAAGGAUACCCGUAAAAUAAGUCUCAUUAAUGCUUUUAGAGAUAUAGCUCGGAAGGAAGGUAUUGGCGGUCUGUGGAGAGGUGUUGGACCAACGGCUAAUAGAGCAGCCGUUGUGGCUGGAGUUGAGUUACCUGUAUAUGAUGUUUGCAAAAAACAUAUAAUCAAUCAUACACCUCUUGGAGAUAAUGUUUAUAAUCACUUUAUAUCUAGUUCUAUAGCUGGUCUUGCCGGAGCAAUUGCCUCUAACCCUAUUGAUGUUGUAAAAACAAGAUUAAUGAACCAAAGGAAACUUCGAGUUGUUAGUGUGCAAGGAGGCGUUGGAGCACCAGUCAUUUAUAAUAGCUCUAUGGAUUGUAUUUUGCAAACUGUUAAAACUGAAGGUAUACUUGCGUUAUAUAAAGGAUUUAUACCGAAUUGGCUACGAUUAGGUCCCUGGAAUAUUAUUGUAUCCUUUAAAAAUUACAAACGAAAUGCUAAUUUAACAAAAAAAAAAACAACAGCAAAAAGAAAAGGUUAA